AUGACUCGGCGUCUCAUCGAACGACCAGCCAAGAUCUACUCUGCGUCUCUGGGUGGCUCUUUCAGGCCAAUUUACACCGGCACGGACUCCGAACUGCCCGUUAGCAUCUUCAAGAAAACAACUCUCACCAUCAUCACCACCUCCCUUCUCAUCCCCGGCGACGGCGAACCCAUCAAAGAUGCCGCUCUCGUCAUAUCAUCAAAGCUCAUCGCCUGGGUCGGCCCGCAGUCGACAAUCCCUAAAGAGUACACCGGCUCUCCUCACAAGUCCUACUCCACCCCAUACCUGAUGCCCGGUCUCUGGGACUGUCACGCUCACUUUGGGGGAGAGUCUCCCGACGCAGGAUCCAAUGGCGAUCCCUACCAGGUCUUUAUCACAGAGCACCCCGCGGCAUCCGGCGCCCGUCUCACGCGCAUGUGCUGGCUGGCCCUGCAGCGAGGAUACACGUCCCUCCGCGAUGUGGCUGGCAUGGGCUGCGAGAUCUCCCGCGCCAUCGAAGAUGGAUCCAUUGUGGGACCCAACGUCUACAGCUCCGGCGCGUGUAUCAGCCAGCUGGCUGGCCACGGUGACAUCUUCUCUCUCCCGGCUGGAGAUGUGCUGUUGAACUUAGGCGUGUCGCAAGUCACUGCAGGACACUUUGGCACUGCAACGAGCAUGAUCGUGGACGGCGUUGAUGAGUGUCGCCGCGCCGUCCGAUUGCAAAUUCGGCGAGGGGCAAAGUGCAUCAAGGUCAUGGCAUCUGGCGGCGUGAUGUCUCGUGACGAUAAUCCGCUCUACGCGCAGUUUAGUCCUGCGGAACUCGAGACGAUCGUGGAAGAGGCAAACAGACAAAAUCGCGUGGUCGCGGCGCAUGUCCAUGGCAAGCCCGGCAUCAUGGCUGCCAUCAAGGCUGGCGUCACGACGUUGGAGCAUGUCUCAUUUGCCGACCGCGAGUGCAUCGAUCUCAUCAAGGAGAAGGGCAUCAUAUACAUUGCCACACGUCUCGUCAUGGACUUGCUGCUCGGCACCGGAGGGAAGGGGAUCCCACCUACAGCUUGGGAGAAGGUGAAGCUGUGUGCCACGAAUCACUUGGCGGCAUACAAGAUGGCCAUCGAGGCUGGUAUUCCGAUUGCCCUAGGUACAGACACCGGACCCGGGUUCAACAUGGCAAUGGAGUUGGAGGCGGCCGUGAAGGCAGGAAUGAGCAAUCUGGAGGCUAUCAAAGCGGCGACCGCGAAUGGACCGCUCAGCGUGGGUGGACAAGCGCCGAAGACAGGACAGCUCAAGGCUGGUUAUGAGGCAGAUGUUCUUGGUCUGUUGGAGAACCCGGUGGAAGACAUCAGGGUGCUGCAAAAGAUUGAGAAUGUCGCCUGGGUCUGGAAAGGAGGUUCUCUCUUCAAAGGGCCCGGUGUUGGACCCUGGGGUGAGGAUCCUAGUUCCUUUGACGAAUGGUCUGCGGCCACAUACAUUCGUUCAUAG